CCCCCCAGCGCCGUGUCGACGUCCGCCGGAGUCAUCUCGCUCUUGUCCGGACUCCAUUCCAGCCUCUCCUUCACCGCUCUCUGUUUGCCUGAGACCGCAACGUCGUCAUCGUCUCCUUCCGUCGCCCUCUGACCUUCGCUCCCUUCCCUCUUUCUUUGUUCCAAGCACAGUCAUGGGUGGCUCGUUAUCGCGUCUCUGGUCCUUCUUCUGGUCCAAAAAGGAAAUCCGGAUUCUGAUUCUGGGCCUCGAUAAUGCCGGGAAAACGACGCUUCUCUACAGACUGAAGAUCGGCGAAGUUGUCACUACGAUACCCACGAUUGGUUUUAACGUCGAGUCGGUGACCUAUAGAAAUUUGAAUUUUAACGUUUGGGAUCUCGGAGGCCAAACAUCCAUCCGUCCCUACUGGCGAUGCUACUAUGCCAACACCGCCGCCGUCGUGUUUGUGAUCGACUCUACAGAUAUUGAACGACUGGGUACGGCGGCAGACGAGCUUGCGGCCAUGCUGAACGAGGAGGAGCUCCGCGACGCGGCCUUGUUGGUCUUUGCCAACAAGCAAGACCAGCCGGGUGCCAAGGGAGCGGGAGAGAUCUCGGAGGCCUUGAAGCUGGGUGAGCUGCGAGAUCGGAACUGGAGUAUCGUGGCAUGCUCUGCGAUCGACGGCAAGGGCCUGAAUGAGGGAAUGGACUGGUUGGUGCAAACUCUUCAAUCGGAAAACGCAUAAGCGCUGGCGUCGUUGUGUGGUGCGAUAGAUUCUACUCGAUAUAUUCUUCACCUCUUUUAUGACGGACUCGGACAUUUGGGGGUCUCCCGGCUUGGGGGCGCCUUGUUUUCAUCGCAUUUCUUCUAUUUAUUUUUUCUAUUAACAUCUUUUCUCACGGCCCUGUUUUGGAAGACAGAGUUCAUGUCGUUUCUACUGUAUACCUUUUUUUUUUUCUUUUUUGACUGGACGUUUGGAAGACUUAGCAUAAUAUCCUAAUUGAUUGAUUGAUGGUGAACUCCGAUGCCUGUCAGAACUCAUCACCAGAAGAUAUACUUAUUA